AUGUAUAGACCAAAUUGGAGGUGGAGAACGAAGAAGUUCGGGCUACCUUCUGUUUUCCUCUUAUGCAUCUUCUUCUUUCUUGCUGGAUUCUUUGGUUCCAGAUUAUUCCAUCACUCUCAGGAAUAUGAAUAUGGACUUAGAACGAGGUUGCAGGAGAAAGAACGUCAUUUGUUGCAUGUAGGAGAGUCUGCUGAUAAUUUCAUUACUUCAAUUCCUUUUCAGAUUUUGAGCUGGAACCCUCGCAUUUUAUAUUUUCCCAAUUUUACAAGUGUGAAACAAUGUGAAAGCAUAAUUGAUAUGGCAAAGGUAGAGCUUACACCAUCAACAAUGGCAACGGGUAUAAGUGAUAUUCGAAGAACAAGUUCUAGUAUGGUUAUUAGUGCUUCUAAGGAUAAAACGGGUGUUUUAGAAGUCAUUGAGGAGAAAAUAGCAAGAGCUACAAAAAUUCCCAGGACUCAUGGAGAGAUAUUUCGUAUCCUCCGAUAUGAGGUCGGACAAAAAUAUGAUUCUCACUAUGACGCAACUGAUCCAGCUGAAUUCGAUCCAGCUGAAUAUGAUUAUCAAGAAAGUCACAGGGUAGCUUCAUUUGUGUUGUACUUAACGGAUGUCCAAGAAGGUGGGGAAACCAAUUUUCCAUUUGAGAAUGGGUUGAACAUGGAUGGUAGCUAUCAUAAUAAGGAUUGUAUUGGUUUGAAAAUAAAACCACAGAAGGGAGAUGGACUUCUAUUUUAUUCUUUCUUCCCUAAUGCUACAUUUGAUCGGGCAUCACUCCAUGGUAGUUGCCCCGUAAUUAAAGGGGAGAAAUGGAUAGCUACAAAGGGGAUAAGGAAUCAAUUACAUUAUGAGAACUUCUGA